UGUGAUCUUCCAUCAGUACUGUUUUUCAAAAAGGAGCUUCUUGCAAGCAGUGGGAAAGGUCCAGGGUUUGGCUCUAAUACCUGUAGGACGGAGGUUCUCUGCUGCCAGGUAAAACCAGAGGUGUGUGCUUCAGCUGCACUAGAAGGUUCACAGGACCCAUGGAGGACGGGAAUGGAGAGACCCGGAGGGCCACAGAGGAGCUGAGUGAGGAAGGUCAUCGCCUCGCGGAGUCACGUUUGUCAGGAGAGGAAUGGACACGGACACCCCAACACUCCCUAUGGCAGCCUGCCUCACCCGUGAAGCAACAAUGCCCCUCUUGACAGGAGCUCCCACCCGCAUCUUUGUGCUGUCAUUGAUUGUUGCAAAACCACUCAGCCCAAUUGACAGGCAGGGCGCUUGAAGCCGAGGUCAGUUAAUAUGGGCUUGUGGUAUGAGUGCAGCCCCAUUCCGCAGGGGCAGGAGCCUGGACCCAGAGCCUCCAGGCACAGAUGACCAGCCCGGCCUCGCUCUGCGUCUCUGUCUCCAUCCUGGGCCUCUGCCUCCUGUGGUGUAGCAGCCUGCCGGUGGCAGGGGCGCUCACCUUCAUCCUGGUCCACAGGCUGUGCAUGGAGAGGCUGCUGCCCGUGCAGCGGAUCCUGUGGCGACGCCUGACCAUCGCCAGGAUCUGGAGUCUCCGACUGCUCUCCACGCUGAUCCGCAGAACCUGCCAAGGCACCCUGCACCUCCUGCGGCACCUGCAGUGGGAGGCCAGCCUGACCCUCUUCUCCAUGGCGCAGUGGGCCUUCUACAGCCUGGUCGACUCCCAGCACGAGAGCGGCAAGGCCUUGGAGCUGCUGCUGCGGGUGGUGCUGCAGCCCAUGGUCAUGGCCCUGCUGGCCCGCUGCCAGGACAGGAUGUGGGCUGCUGCAGCGUGGGUGGCCCGGGCCGUUCGGGGUGGUGGCCUGAAACUCCUGGGGCCAGCCAGGCUGUGCUGGGCAGGCUCCAAAGAUCUAGAUGCCGUCACCACCAGCCUCCCUGCCACCAGGGUCCCUUUCAGCCAGCGUUUCCCUGGGCCUGACCCAGCCUCGCUGAGCAAGCUGCCGUCAGCCUCCAUCAGCCUGUGCGUUGUGAAUGGGGACACAAACACCAGGCAGGGAGAAGGAGGCUGUGGUUUUGGGGCGACCAACAUACCCCUCAGCACCAGGUUCCAGAGCAGCAGGCCGAGCCGCAGGGCCGCCAGGUGGUCAUCCAGGCAGGCCCUGGCCCAGCAGGUCAAGGCCUCCUGCGUCCUCGUAGUCCUUCUCUAUAUCUACGCCGCGUCCGUCUUCGUGCAGAUCUUAAAAUAAAGUGAUCUGAUGUGGGCCAGCCCUG